CCCGUCCGUCCUCAAGUUAUGCAAGUAAGCGCCACUGACUCCAGCUAACGCAGAGUGAUCCUCUAAAAGUAGAAUAACCCUGCUUGCCAUUGAUGACACGCCUUGUUAUAGAAUUAAGGCUUUAUUAAUCGAAAAAACAUCUCCAUGAAAAUGAUUCCCGAGUUAUCCAACCCGUCGGUGCACAUGAGGGACCCUCAAAGGGUAGAGGAGAUCCUACAAGCUAUGAAGAAAGCUGGCUCUAACACCAUACAGGUGAUCUCAGACUUUGACAUGACGCUGACUAGAUUUGCAUACAAUGGAAAGCGCUGUCCCACUUGUCACAACAUUUUGGACAACAGCAAUCUCAUCAGCGACGAAUGUAAAAAACAGCUGAAGGAACUGCUCAACAUAUACUAUCCUAUAGAGAUUGACUCUUCACGGUCAAUAGAAGAGAAGCUGCCCCUCAUGGUGGAGUGGUGGACAAAAGCUCAUGAACUUCUGGUGCAACAGAAGAUCAGGAAAGACCUUUUGGCCAAAGUGAUUCGGGAGUCAGAUGCCAUGCUAAGGGAUGGCUACAAGCUGUUCUUUGACCACCUGCAGGAGCACAGCAUCCCUCUUCUUAUCUUUUCUGCUGGGAUAGGAGACGUCUUAGAAGAGGUGAUUCUCCAGGCCGGGGUUUUCCACCCCAAUGUCAAAGUCUUCUCCAACUAUAUGGACUUUGAUGAGACCGGAGUGUUGAAGGCUUUCAAAGGAGAGCUGAUCCACAUCUACAACAAGAGGGAAGGCGCUCUGCUCAACACCGGCCAUUUCCAGGAGCUGCGGAUGCGUCCUAAUGUGCUGCUGCUGGGCGAUUCCCUUGGAGAUCUGACUAUGGCCGACGGGGUGCAAGACAUGGAGAACAUCCUCAAGAUCGGUUUUCUCAAUGACAAGGUGGAGGAGAGGAAGCCUUCUUAUCUGAACUCCUAUGACAUUGUGCUAGUGAAGGACGAGACCAUGGAAGUCCCCAACGCUAUUCUGCUCUACCUCACCGGCAGUAAAUGAACUAAGAACAUGCUUCACCUCACUGUCCGGUCAGUAUUGGACAAUCCACAUGAGGGAGUUGUCAUAUGUUUGAGGAAGCACCUUGCUUCAGAAAGUGCCAGUUCACAGUCUUCACAGCCAACCUGGAAAAGCUCUCUGUAUGAAUGUCAUUUUAGUAAAAGCUGCAGUUAUGCUAAUACGUUAGGGUUUUUUUCCCAAAAUUGUCUUGCCAGACCAUAUUUUUAAAAUCCUGUUGGCAACCACAGUUCAUGAGCAUCACAUAUCCCUCUAGUCCUUGUCUAGUGGCCCUCAGCCCAUGCUUGUAGUUCAGUGGAUUUUUUCAGCAAUAGCUGGGCAGAGAAGUCAAAAGAUGUCCAGUUAUAUGCACUGAUCAGCUAAUGUAUAGACUGUACUGUCAUGUAUUCAUGUGGUUACAAGAUGUUUUGAGUUUAUACUGUGUUGACAGAUUUUUUUUUUUUGAAUACUUGAUUUUUUUUUUUUCAAAGACAGGCUGUUGUCAUACAUCGUCUUGUAUUUUGGUUCUGAUUCUUAUGUGAUAUAAGGAUAAAGGGAAAAAUCACAGUACAUAUAAAGCAACACUCAAUUUUUGUCACAUCAGUUUGAAACGUCAGUUUUAAUUUUCUCUAAACCACCUCAGUUUUUACCCUUAGCGUAAAGUUUGUUAAUUUGUGUCACGUUCUUCACCAGUUAUAAUUAAUAUAAUACAAAUGUAAAUCCCCUAAUUAGCUAGUGAUUUCCACCCACAUAUUUCCUUAAGAGUCAUUGUUUAAUGCACAUAUUUCUUGAUAUGAUACUGCAGUCCCACCAAGUGGUGACAUUGAAGAACUGCACUCGUUUUAAAACGCAUGACGCGACCCUGGGUCCCAGGGUCCUCCCAGGCUCCCCAAGACCCAGGCUCCCUGGCUUCCAGGGAGCAGGGUGAGCGCUCUGGUUAAUGGACGGAGUGCUCACCAUUCAUUGAUCACUAUUGAUCACUAUUUGAGUAAGUUAAAAUUGGUCAUUAAUAUCUCAUUAAUGCGGAGUUGCCAAAUUUGUUGUGAAGAUAUUUUUCUGGAGGUGAAUUUAUGCCCAUUCCACUAAACUACAGCUGUUCAUUUCAUUUACAUUGUCCUGACCUAACAAUGACAUCUCUGUUGAAAUAGCAACAGGACUGACCACAUGAAAAAGACACUCCAGGAGGUGAUUUGUAAUUCUGUGCAAUCUCAACUGAAAAACGAAUUCAAAUUAAACAUGAGUCAAAAGAGAAUAGAACAGCAAAUAACUAAAGAACAUUUGAUUUUGUGUUUUGAAUUAAAAUUCAAAGGAGAGUUGCCUUUGCAACAAACAGGAUUUACUGUGAACUUCUACAUGUAACUCUUACAAUGAGGAUUUUUCUAAUUCUUUGGUAUAUUUUACGGUCAGUGCGUUUUUAGCAUACAGUGGUUUAAGCACUUCUUUUCUCAUCUGUUUCAAGACAAUACCUCUAAACGUGUUUCAGUUAUUUUCAAAAUAAAACACGA